AUGACCAAAGCUCGUCAAAGGGCGCAAGCCGCCACUUCUUUGCCCAGACAAGCAGGUUCCAGCCACCCACAGCUUACACCACAGCUUCCACUUUCAGCACUCGUCAACGAUCCUCACAGCCAUGAAGUCGCUGGUGCUGAUUCUGGUGUUGGCCGCAGCAAGUAUGUCGGCUCAUGUUCCAGAAGAACGGGACUUGCUUUCGCUGGUCGAUCCCGUAGUGAUGCUGGUCCCCCCACUACUGACAACCCUCAUGUCUGUCCUCGGCCCCAUUGCUGCUGCUCUCCUGAACGUUGUCACGUCCUUAGUCGGCAGCUUGCUGGGCAGUCUGCUGGGUACCGCUCUUGCUGUCGUCCAGGGCCUUCUGGCUCUUGUUCUUGGCAUCGUGUCCAAACUGGUCAGCUGUGUGACGGCCGCCAUCAACAUACCCGUCGGCAACAUUGUGCAAUCCAUCCUGGGUUCAGUCACCAGCGCUGUCUCUACUAUAACAUCAAAUCUCACAGAGGCCUGCCUUUAGUAGCUGCAAUGGACAACUCUCCUCUUCUUGGGAUUAACCACUUCCUUACUCGAUGGGAAGACAGAAACUUGGAGAAAUCCCAUGAGGCAUUCAAACUACUCCAUCAGCCACAGGGAGGGGAUUGUGUGAGACACAAUAAACAUGGCUACAAAUAUUUUACACUUUAUGUGUUGUUCUUACAUCUCGAAAAGAGGUGUUUGUGUGUGUGUGUCUUCUCUGCGUACAGGAAGCUUGAUUUUUAUGUUUUUGUUUGGUUUUUUUUGUAACCUAGCUGUCGCUAC